AUGUUCAGAACAAGGAAAGCGGCGGCAAUACGCCAUCAUCCGGCGCCGCGGCCCACGAGUGCAUCGAAGAUCUGCCCGCACUGCAGCAAGGAGUACCCGUCAUCCAAAGCCCGGAAUGGGCACAUGCGGUGGUGCAACCGAGAACUACCAGCGGCGGCUGCCGAGCCUCCGUUGAAGAAGCGGUCGGCCCCCGUCCGAGAAGACGAGUUCGACGAUGAAGAGCGCCAAGUUGCUUCCAGCCUUCUCCAUCUCUGCGGGGACCAGAGCGACGAGAUGUUGUCUUCCUCCAUCGCAAUAGCCGGAGCCGCGUUCUUGGACUUGAACUUGGCGCCUCCGGAGGAGAAGCCCGGAGGCCUCUAA